AGGUUGACAUCCCUUUACCUCAAUAAAUUGGAGCUGCUGGGAGAAUCAAGGGUGCUUGAUAUCAUCUAGUGGUGAAGUCAGCUGACACUUUUUCCAAUCUGGAAAAAUCUGGAGGGAGAAACACAAGAAAAAGGUUCCAUCUGAGAUGACCUCAUUGAACCACUGAGUCCAACACUGGAGGGCAUAGUACCAUAAAGACCCAUUCUGACUCUCUGGAACCAGGAUGCUUAGGUGAGUGAUCUGUCACUCUUCAGGAAUCUUAUUCUAUAUUGAAGGUUGAUGAAGUCCAAGAUUGUAAAGCCAUGACAAUUCUUUAUAAUAGCAGCCUCCAAAAGGCCACUUUCUUCCUGACGGGCUUCCAAGGCCUUGAAGAUCUCCAUGGCUGGAUCUCUAUUCCCUUCUGCUCCAUCUAUUUGACAGUUAUUGUAGGAAACCUCACCAUUCUCCAUGUCAUCCGUACUGAUGCCACCCUCCAUGAACCCAUGUACUAUUUCUUGGCCAUGCUGGCCCUCACAGACUUGGGGCUUUGCUUUUCUACACUACCCACUGUGCUGGGCAUCUUCUGGUUUGAUGCCAGAGAGAUUGGUAUUCCUGCCUGCUUCACUCAGCUCUUCUUCAUCCAUACCUUGUCUCUAGUGGAGUCUUCGAUCUUGUUGUCCAUGUCCAUUGAUCGCUACAUAGCCAUCUGCAACCCCUUGCGUUACUCCACAGUCUUGACACCCGCACGUAUUGUCAAGAUGGGGCUGAGCUCGGUGCUUAGAAGUGCCCUGCUCAUCCUCCCCCUGCCAUUCCUCCUGAAGCGCUUCCAGUACUGCCGCUCCCAUGUGCUGGCCCAUGCCUAUUGUCUGCACCUGGAGAUCAUGAAGCUGGCCUGUUCUAGCAUCAUUGUCAAUCACAUUUACGGGCUCUUUGUUGUAGCCUGCACCGUAGGUGUGGACUCACUGCUUAUCUUCCUCUCCUAUGCCCUUAUCCUCCGUACAGUACUAAGCAUUGCCUCCCGCCAGGAGCGACUUCGGGCCCUCAACACCUGCGUCUCCCAUAUGUGUGCGGUUCUACUCUUCUACAUCCCCAUGAUUGGCUUGUCUCUUGUGCAUCGCUUUGGUGAACAUCUGCCCCACAUUGUUCACCUCUUCAUGUCUUAUGUGUAUCUGCUGGUACCGCCUCUCAUGAACCCCAUUGUCUACAGCAUCAAGACCAAGCAAAUCCGCCAACGCAUUGCUAAGAAGUUUGAAUUUUUUAAACACUGAGGUGUUUUCAAAAGGGUUAAGUUAGGAUAAAGGGAGGAAGUUUGUGGAAUAAGUCUCAUAGAUAAUUUUUGUUUCAGCAAUGCUGUGGCAAAAUGACAAACUCCAGUCA